GAACAUUCGAGAGUAACGUUUCCAUGAUGUCUGCAAAAAUGAUAAAUGGAAUGUUUCCUUCAUAUUCGCAUAACAAAGAAAACGAUUUUUUUUUAAAGAACAGGAUGUUCAUGGGAACCUUAGUUAGCAAAACGUUCCCUAUGUUAGCGUGCUGGCACACAGCUGAUCUCACAGAUAGAUGAGGACUGACUCAUGACUCAGGACUGAUGAUGAUUUCUAAUUUGUGUUCUGUUUGUCUGUGGUUUCCAGCAUCAGUGUGUGUGCAGGGAGCGCGCAUGCGCGGGUUCACCGGGACGCGCAGCUCGAGAUUCUUCAGCAUCUGGAGGAAAACAUGCGAGCAUUGACAUGCGUGAUCUUCCCGAGAGGACAACCGUGACCCGGUCCGGUUCGGAGAAUGUCCGGGUGCGCGGCGGCGGACGCGGACGGAGGCGUGAAAAAAGUUAAAGUCAAGCGACAGAUCAGGUGCAUCGUGAAAGAUCUCGAGCACAUCUUGGGAGACCUGAAGGAUGUGGCGAAGGAGCUCAAAGAGGUGGUGGAGGAGAUCGACUGCUUGACCUCUGACCUCCGUCUGGAGGAGGCUCUGAUGGACAGCUCCAACAGCAGCUCCAGCAGCAGCAUCAUCACGGCGUCCAGCAUCAAAAUCUACCCCGAGGAGACGCUGUUCAGACCCCCAGCCGUCCUGAAGAGACCCUCGGCGUCUAGAGCCCAGGAGAUCCCAGCCAGCGGAGUGCCGCUCAGAGACUCUCUGGAGGAGAAAGGUCACGCCAGACACUGUGCUCAGACCACGAGGGAGCGCGUGCGCUUCAGUGAGAAGGUCCAGUAUCACGGCUACUGCCCCGACUGUGACCUGCAGUGUGACGUGGACAGCACAGAUCUGCACUUACACACCGCCGCCAGACCCAGCCCCGUCCAUCAGACGCUCGUGCAGAACGGUGGACUCGCGUUCUCCUCACAGAAACCACAGAAGACCAUUUUACGCAAGUCCACCAGCACCACUGUUUGACGCAGACUGAGGCUGAACUUGUAUUUCUGUUUGGAGAGACGCUGUACGACAGAGGAAGGGUAAGAGCAGCAGCCGUUCAUCAGGCCUUGCCUUCAUCAUUCAAGAAAUAAUUCAGCCGGAAGUGAUCAGGAUGAGUUUGUGUCUUCAUCAGGUUUGUAGAAAUGUAGCACUGCAUCAGUGUCUCAUCAAUGGAUGCUCUGCAGUGAAUGGGUGCCGUCAGAGUGAGAGUCUGAUAAAAACAUCACAAUAAUCCACAGCACUCCAGUCCAUCAGUGAACAUCUGGAGAAGACAAAAGAUGAAACACAUCCAGCAUUAAGAUGAUUUUAACUCAAACACAUAGAGUCUAUAAUCCAUAAUAACACUUCCUCCAGUGAAAAAGAGCAUCUGCUGUUGUCUCUCACAGAUCUGUUUAAACGCUGCUUGAUCUGUGCAGAUUUCUCUCCUGAUUCAGACCAGAACACUUUUUCACUGGAGGAAGUGUGAUUAUGGAUUAUAGACUCGUGUUUUAGCCAAAAGCUGAAAACAUUUUGAUGAUCGGAUUCAUCAGGUUGUAAAAGAUGUUUAAAAAAAAAAAAAAAAAAGUUUAGAAACACUAUCAUGGAUUUUAUUUUUUGCUAGUUUUGGAGAAAAUUAGAAUGAAAAACAGUAUAUUUAUUGUUGUUUACGUUCACCGCUAUCAACUUUGAUGAAAACUAUGGAAAUGUGAAAAUGUUCAUUAAAUAUCAGAAUUAUUUCAGCAAUGAGAUGAAAACAUCAGAGAUCAUGAAGAUAUGAUAGCAGAUGCAAUUAAUUCACUCAAUACAGCAUAAAAGAGUUCAUUACUUGACAUAAAAAAGAUUUACUGAAAUAAAUAUACACUUUAUUUCAGCCAGUUUCUAAGGCAACACAAUAUAAAAAACAUAAAAAAUUAAUUACUUGAAAAAAAUUUUUUUAAUUAACUGAAAUAUAAAUUUUAUUUCAGCUGGUUAACAAAGUAACACAAGAAAAAAACAGUAAAUAAAACAAUAUAAAAAAAUACUUGAAAUAAAAUGUUUUUUAAUUAACUGAAAUAUAGAUUUUAUUUCAGCUAGUUUCCAAGGCAACACUAUAAAAAAAAAUAAUUACUUGAAAUUAAAACAAUUAACUGAAAUACAAAUUUUAUUUCAGCUAGUUAACAAAGCAACACAAUUAAAAAAAUUAAUUGCUUUAAAUCAAGAACAUUUCUAGUUUCCAUGGCAGCAUUCCUCAUAUUUGUAAAUAACUAAAGCUUAAUAUAUA